GGUUUACUUUAGUUUACUGCGGAACUCUGUCCGCUCCUCUACCUCUACGGCUCGAGAACAAUGUACUGGUACACGCAAUUAUCUGCGAAGAAAGAAGCAGCCCACCAUCCCACCACCGCCCGUCGCCUCUACAAGAGUAAAAAAUUUCCCGAGAGUUGAAACCAUAAAGCACUCAAAAAGGGAAGGACCCAGAAAAAAAGAAAAUCAAAAGAACUACACUGCAUAACAGCUCCCUGGCCCUCUCUGUCGCUUUAUCUCUCUCUCUUUCUCUCUCCCCCAUCUUUCUCUCUGUUUCUGGGUCUGCCCUCUGUUGCCCUUGUGACAUCUUCGGCAUUUCUAGUUCGGGAGACUGCGUGAGACUGAGCAGAGGGAGAAUCGAGCGAUUGAGUGGUAAGUGAAGAGAGAGGGGAGAGGGGAAUUUUUUUGAGACAAUUCGAUAGGUUAUGUUCCUCGGUAGGGAGGGAAGGACGGAGAGAUUCAGAGGGAAUUGUGGACAGUGUUUGGGAAGGAGAGGCCCGGUGCAGUGAAUUAUCAUCCACGUCGAUUGCUCACUGUAUGGUCGAUUGUCAGUAAGUGCAGCAGAGCGGGUUUGGCAUCGAGGGUGAUCUGUUUGAUUGCUUGCUUUCUUUCUUGAGGAGGCCCUGGAAUUCGUGAGGGAUCAUCUUUUGCGCCGGGUUUUAUCAAAUUGUUGAACUUACGGGACGUGGGUUCUGCGGGUACUAUGGAGCCAAUCCCUAUCUCUAUCACCGACAACAGUCGACAUGAAAUCAGCAUGGAUGGCAUAGCUUCUCUUCUUGCUAUGGCACGUCAGCGAAUAAAUGAAGGGAACCCGUCCCUAGCUUUGCAAGCUGUGGUCAUCGCUCUCAGAGCCUCCGGGGGUGAGCGAGCAGUGCUGCAGGCCUUCAGCAGUGCUCGAGAAAUAUAUCGCACCGAAAGGGUGGCAAUCGAUCCCGUGGACGAACUGUCUGCACUGUUUGCUGAUUGUGGCAUCACGGAUAUACACUCCAUCAACUUUAGUUCAAAUGGAGGACCGCAUACAGCCACUCCUGUACCUUCAAUGCAAGACCUCGACAUGAUGGAAGGGAACACAUCUAGAAUCCCGAUAUCGGCUCCCAUUCUUGCAGAAAGUGGACGGCUUCAAGUGGUUAUGGAUGCAUCCGCCGAUGGCAGCAGCUUCGUGUGUCUCCAAUGUGGUGGCGUAGUGAGUAAUCUGCGCAGAGAUGAGCACCUCCAGUUUUGGUGUUCACAGGCUUCAUAAUGUCAACUCAUGAGACGCCGAAAUGCUUGGCUUUUAUCUUCACUUUGUAAUUUUGUAAGUAGUGAGUGCAUGAGUGUUUAUCAUCGUGGAGAAUCGACGUCCUGGUAAACAUAAUGAAAGAGGAUGAAAAAUUUUGUAGCUUGGUCCGAGAUCAGUUGUUGCCUUCUGGUAUGCCUUACACCUCUUUUCUCUCUAGUGUCUUCUGCCGGGACCUUCUGAUAUGAGACCAGUAGUUAACCCCAAUUUUGAAUUUAUCAGAGGAUGUGGAGUUCAGGUAACUGAUACGGCACUUUGAGCCCCUCCUUGUGAACAUUAUCAUAUGUAUAGAAACAUGGAACGACCAAAUCAGUUUAACAUAAAACUGGACGAUUGUGGUACUGAAA